AAACACAGGCCUGAUGUGUCUACCAUGGCGAUGGAUGUCGAUCUUGAUGAACCAACUGGAGUAGCAUCUGAUUCUUCUUCAUCAGCAUCUUCCUCAUCUUCGUCUUCGUCGUCUUCAGAGUCCAGCAGUGAUUCACUAAGUGAGUCGUCAGAUACUGAAGAAGACAGGUGUAAAGAGAAGGAAAGAACAACAGAACGUGGACAUUGGCCCCACAGAAAGAGGCCCAAACUAGAAGCCCCAUCAACAUCACGAACAAGAAGCAUAAGCCGGUCGCCAAAACAUGGUAGAUAAACUUUGUACAAACUUCUCAUAAUCAUCAUCAUCAUCAUGAAUUCAAGGGCUGUGAAUUGUUCAGGACAUCUUGAGACUGGGACAAAAAUCUGCUGUCUUGUAACAAAAGAUAGUGA